AUGUAAGAUUAAAGAUAUUCAUUUGAUUUUCAGAUUGAAUUAUCAAGGUCAGUACUGACAGAGGUGAGUGACUUUGAUCCACUCUCUAUUACUCAAACAAUCUCGAGCAUGUCAACAUGUUAUGUUUAGUCUGAGGAUCUUUUGAAUUAUUUGCAAAGAAAAUAGAUAUAAUGCACAGAUUACGAUGUUUAAUGCCUAAUUAGACAAUAUGACACCUACAAGCAGGGUUAUUUAAAUAGAGAGUAAUUCUUAAAUAUGAUACUUCCGAAUAACAACAAAAGGUUUGAGAUCCUACAGAAAACGACUCCCUCAAAAACAAGACAAUCAAGUAGUCUAAGUCCUACACAAAAUAAGAGGAAUUAGAAUAAAAGCGAAGCUGGCUAUUGCAAACUUAGUUAUCCAGUUGAGUAUGGAUUGCUUAGAGUGAUAAAAAAGGAACUGGAUCUAGUUAGGCAUGCUGAUGAAUUAAAAAAUGAGCUUAGUAGUCUUUCACCAGAUAUUAUUGAACUUUUUUAUUCUGUUAAGGGAGGAAGAUAGUCUAGUUCUUCUGUUAGACAUCCAGAUUUUUUUUCAAAAAUAGACAUUUAAAACUUCAUAAAGAAAUAUUCAACUUCCUAAAUAGUUGGUAUAGAUGAUUUAGCUGGUUCUAUCAUGAGAAGAAUAGAUUAUGAUUUCGAUGAUAAGGUAAAAUAUGCCGAAUUCGUGGAACUAAUCUCACCUAGAUCCCUAGAGAGUAUUGGUAGGUUACCAACUGGAUUAAGCUUUAAAAACAAGUAUUCCCCGUAGAGAGCUUAAAUGUAGAUAAACUUUUAGUAGGCUCUCAAAUUUUCAGAUGCCAAAAGAACCUAGGAUUAGAAUGAUAUCUAGAAACGGCUGAGUAGUAGCCCAGUCAGGGAGAGGAUCUAAAAUUAAAGGAACAACGAAAGUUAAAAUAGUUAAUAUGAACCAUUGAGAGCUGAUUUGACAAAAAGAUUUAGUGACUUAACAAAUAAGCAAGCUAAUUAAAAUCCAACUCUAGCUUUGAGUCAAUCUUAAAACAAAUCUCUAGGAGAGCAGGCAUAUUAAUAGUUAAGAAAUUCUAGAGGCUAAGCAGAUAAAUAAAAUUACCUGUCCCCAAAAGAUGCUAGAUAUAAUCAAGCUGAAAUACAUCAGAAUGAUGAAAAAGAAAACUAAAAAUAAACAGAGGAAAGUAGUGAUGAUGAGAAUCAAAAAAAGAAUAAGAGGUUAAGCUAAUCAAAUAAUCGAUCUUCAAAAUUUAGCAAAGGGCUUGAAGAAAUAGUAGAAGAUCAAGAGAGAGAAGAAUUCUAUCAUGUGAAUCAAACCCCAGUUCAUCUAUUAAAAAAUCCACCGACAAAGAUCAACAGAAAUAGUCAGGAAUUCUCACCAACUACAUUUAAAUCAAUUACUACAUUCGAAGGCAAACCUCAGCAGUACCUACUCUCCUCUUAAAACUAUCAUCUAAAGUAGCAGAGUCUUGACUCAUAGGCAUCUGCUUACUAAAACUGUCUUAGAAUUGUAAAUUAAGCAACUGAUCAGAAUGAAUCAGUUGAGACAGUUUUCAAUUUAGAUAACUUGCUGAUUGGUUACAAUGUAUUUCUUAAAGAAUAUUGUAUAUUACUCAGGGAUAGAUAACAUGUAAGAUUGAAGAUUUGA